AUGCCCUGCAAGGCGCUGGCCGUCUGCCUCCUGGGGCUGCUGGCCCUCUCCUCCGCCUGCUACAUCCAGAACUGCCCCAUCGGGGGCAAACGCGCCGUCCUGGACAUGGACAUCAGGAAGUGCCUGCCCUGCGGCCCCAGGAACCAGGGCCGCUGCUUCGGUCCCAGCAUCUGCUGCGGCGAAGAGCUGGGCUGUUACAUCGGCACCCCCGAGAGCCUGCGCUGCCAGGAGGAAAACUUCUUGCCCACGCCCUGCGAGUCAGGACGCAAACCCUGCGGCGGCGGCACGGGAGGGAGCUGCGCGGCCCCCGGCAUCUGCUGCAGCAGCGAGGGCUGCGUGCUUGACUCGGCCUGCGACCAAGAAACGCUCUUCGCGUAG